AUGACAACUAUUGAUAAUGAACAUGAACAACUUGUUUCAAUGGUAAAUCAUCUUAUGGAUGAACGUGAUAUAUUAUAUCGUGAAAAUGAAUAUUUAAAAGCUAAAUUAAAUGAAUCAAUACUACUCGAAACAAUUCAAGAAAUGAAAAAAGAACGAUUUUUUUUAUUAAAAUUAUUAUCAAAUUUAACAAUAAACCAUAAUAAUAAUCAAGAUGAACGAUUACGAUGUGUAAAACAUCGGAUGAAAGAAAAUAAUACUGAUUUUCUUUCAUCACCUUCUUAUCCAACAUUCAGCAGUAAACCAGUUCAUUAUGAUAAUUCAUCAGCUGAACAAAAUUCAACUAUUUCACGUCAUAAUUCGUCUCUAACAAAUAAUCAUAAUCGUGUUUAUCGAUUAAAAACCAAUAUUGAACAACAAAAACAAAAACAAAAACAACAACCAACAGUUGUUUAUCGUAUUGAUAAUUCAAAAGAAAAUACAAUGAAUAAUUUAGAUCGAUUAUCAUCAUCAUCAUCAUCAUCGACUGCUAAUAUGAAACAUCCACAGCCAAAUAGAAAAUUUUUUGUUUAUAAAACAUCGAUGAUACCACAAACACAAGAAUCUAAUAAAUCAAUUCGAAAACAUGAUUUUCAAUUAAAACAUAGUCAAAAUUCUCCAUUUCAACAUUAUCGUUCACAAUCAUUACAAGAUUUAACAUAA